ACAAGCCUGUUUUAGAAGCCCUCCAGUCCUUAGCUCGUUUGGAACACAAGACUCCAAGCUUAUUGGAGGGCCAACUUGCCUUACGGCUCCAAGCCGCUUUUUACGGCAUUUUUCAGCUCGCCAUUCACUUCGCUGUGAAGAUGGCGUCGGGCAGCGGGACAAAAAACUUGGACUUUCGCCGAAAGUGGGACAAAGAUGAAUACGAGAAACUCGCCGAGAAGAGGCUCACAGAAGAGAGAGAAAAGAAAGAUGGAAAACCAGUGCAGCCUGUCAAGCGAGAGCUUUUACGGCAUAGGGACUACAAGGUGGACUUGGAAUCCAAGCUUGGGAAGACAAUUGUCAUUACCAAGACAACCCCUCAAUCUGAGAUGGGAGGAUAUUACUGCAAUGUCUGUGACUGUGUGGUGAAGGACUCCAUCAACUUUCUGGAUCACAUUAAUGGAAAGAAACAUCAGAGAAACCUGGGCAUGUCUAUGCGUGUGGAACGUUCCACCCUGGAUCAGGUGAAGAAACGUUUUGAGGUCAACAAGAAGAAGAUGGAAGAGAAGCAGAAGGAUUAUGAUUUUGAGGAAAGGAUGAAGGAGCUCAGAGAAGAGGAAGAAAAGGCCAAAGCAUACAAGAAAGAGAAACAGAAGGAGAAGAAAAGGAGGGCUGAGGAGGACUUGACAUUUGAGGAGGACGAUGAGAUGGCAGCUGUGAUGGGCUUCUCUGGCUUUGGUUCCACCAAGAAGAGUUACUGAGGCUUUCUGUGCUUGGCCUAACUUGGGCCUAUGCUGGACCUAACUUUGUGUGUGUGUGUGUGUGUGUAGUCGGGGGUCAUUUCUUUUUGGGUGAUGGGAAAGUUCUUAAGAGUGUCAAUGGGGAGGGAUAGAGGGUGGGACUUCUGGUUUCCCUCUACUUUGGGAGAGGGCACAGAUUGCAGAGGUAAUGCUGUGGCAUAUUGCUUCAGCCUCAGUAUAUUGCUGGAGUCAUAGGACCCCUGCCCACCUGAGUUUCCAAUAAAGAAAAACCUCCCCUUCUGAGGCUGCUUUCCCAAAACUCCCCCUGCAUCUUUAUCUCUCCAUCUAUCCAACCUCUUGUCUGAGCAUCCCACCUUUAUCCUGUGUUAUGCCUUUGUUUUAAUUUUAACUCAUGUUCAUCCUGCAACAGAAGCAUUCUCUAGGUCCCAGUUUCCAGUUGAUUGCAUAUCUUUGACCAGCCCUUUUUCCCAUCCCGCCCUAUGGUUCUCUAGCUACCUGUGCAUGCAUGUGUAUUUCUGCCUGGUUCUAUGGUGUGUGGAUGUGUGUGCAUGAAUCUGUCACAUAGAGGGGGCCUGAGCUGGAAUCCCAGAGCAUUGCUGCCCUGGGGCCUGAUGUUCUUGGCUUCCUCAGAGCAUGUAACAGGAAAUUAAAUGGGAUGAGUGUUUGGUGUGGUUUGUGUCUGAUGAGUUUUUUAACAUUCAGGUGUAGAUUGUUUCAGCUUCUCUUGUUUCAUUUUCCUGAGGAUUUCUGUUUUUGUCUUCCUUGUGAGCAGGCUUUUGGAAGAACCGGUUUGAUGCAAAGAAGAAAAUGAAAAACAAAACAAAACAAAAAGUCCCCAAAACCUUAUUAUGGGAGCCCUUGGAUCUUAGAAGCUGUUCAACAUGUAUAAUAAAUGGCAUUGACUAGGCCUGUUUUACA